AUGGCAUUGCCACAGGCAUCACUGGAGGAGAAAAUUCAAGCUUUGAAGAAAAGCUUAGCAGCCAAGCAAGGUGAAAUUCGAUAUCUGGGAGAUGGAAUGGAGGAGCAGGAUAUCAUCAUUCAGAAGAUGGAACAAGUGAUUGAGAAGAAAGAAAGGGUGAUCAACGCGAAAGAUAAAACGAUUGAGGAAAAGGUUAUCAUCAAUACACACAAGGAAAGCGUGAUUGAGAGUCUUCGAUUCUCGGCGAAGAAAAGGAGAAACGAAUUAUCGAAUGCGAAUGGAUACACACCAGAAGCACGAGGCGGGGCGUCCAACAGAAAAUGA